UUUGCCUGAUUGGUUAAAUUUUGUGACGUACACUUCAAAGGAUCUUCUAUGACUCCUUACAUGGUCAUGUUGGAGCGGCGCGAAUGUUUCAAACAUAGCGUUCAUAGCGUUCUCGUGAUGUAGCAUUGUAUUCAGUAUUUGCUUCGAUAGGUCUCGUAGGCGACAGUAGUUUUUCCGCUCGUUUCUGCGGGGUAGUUCUGUGAAACGCCAUGCUAGAUCCUGGAUCUUUUCAGUCUUUACCAAAGUUGAAUACUCUUGAAAGACAUGCCGUAGUUUUUGAUAUGUCGAGGGCCCAUGAUCAGGGCUUCUCAGCGCUCGUGUUCUGUUUGGAAAUUGUCUGGGAUUUUCAAAACGUAGAAAACGCUUGUGUUAUAGGACACCCGUUUCAACUGCAUAAUAAAGAAGGAAGGUACAUCUGGUUAAACGAGGAGUUGAGAAACAAAGCCAUUGAAGUUGGAUCCAUAAUUUCGUGCCGUAAGCCUACCGAAAAAUGGUAUUACUCAGGCAACACAGAAAAGAAGUUGGAAACGAAUAAAGUUCUUUCACAUCUAUGCUUUUCAAAUGAGAAUGCCAAGUCUUGUGCAGUGGCAUAUUGUGGUUUAGCGGAAGCAUUUCCGAAUGCUGUGAUUUCGCAAAGGAAGGGUGUCUAUCAAGAUACAACUAGACCAAAUCCUCCUCAUGCCCUGAUCUGCAUUUCUAGUGCUUGCAUUGUGGAUGGAAGAAUUCAAGCCAUUACACUGUUAAAUGAAGAAAUGAAUUUGAGCAACCGCAGUUUCAGUCACACACAAACAUCGAUUGAGCCACGUGCUUUAGCAGUUGAAAACCUGUCAUCUGAUGGAGCCAUUGGAGCUGUUAUUCUGGUUGGAUUUGGGUUCAACCCAACAGCAUGUGGCAAAUACCAUGCUCUUUGUGAAGGGAUCCUUAUAAAUUCAGCUCAAGAAAAUCCCGAACUGCAGAGUUAUAAAAUGAACAGCUGCCCUCUUGGAAAGUGUGUCAUCAUAAAUAAUGCAAACUUCCAAGGUGAAACUCACACUCGUAAUGGUACUGAACAUGAUGAAAAAAGCCUGAGAGAUCUCUUUGAGGAACUCGGGUUUGCUGUGAAAAUCGAAAAAGAUUUAACUUGGGAAGAAAUACACAAAGUGUCUAGAGAUGCUGCAGCCGAAGAUCAUAGCAAAUUUGAUGCUUUUGCCUUUAUCAUCUUGUCGCAUGGAGGUAAAGGUGAUGUUGUUUUCGGUGUGGAUGAUAGGCCUGUACGUAUUGAAGACAUAAUGAGGGAAUUCAAAGCUAUCAACUGUGUGACACUCCGUGGCAAACCUAAACUGUUUUUCAUCCAGAGUUGCAGAGGGUCAUCAAGUGAAUUUUUGUCUCCUGGGGCUACUAAUCAUCACUGUGACAGUCGCUUGCCUAGAUCUACCUGUGAUUCAACCCUUGCAAGAAAUCUUUGCCCACAAGAGUGCGACUUCCUGCUGUCCUUUGCGGCUGCACCAGAUUAUUUUGCUUACCGUCAACCAGAGUAUGGCUCUGUUUACAUCCAAGUGAGUGUUAAAUAGCCAACUUUGAUGAUGUCAUGCUUGCAGUGAACAAAUUUUUUCAUUCAAAGACAAAAUAACCCUGAAGAUUUAC